GUCCGCUAGACAUACAUGUCCGCCGGUAUUCCUAAAAACUACAUUUCCCAUUCUAAACACUACAGCGUGACGGUUAGAAGCAUGGCAGCCUUCAGUGCAGCCGCAACUGAACUUCUGUAUGAUUUUAAUAAACAAAUACCUCGCCUGUAUCAUAUUUCUUUAUGUACAUGUAGGACAAUAAGCACAUCAGCUCCAAAAUGCUCCAGUCAACCACUACCGAAACCAAAAAGCUCUCCCCACAAACUGGUGGGUGUGGUGGGAUUAGAGAUCCACGCUCAGAUUCGCUCCAACACCAAAUUGUUCUCCGCCUCACCCGUGCACUUCUCCUCUCCUCCAAACUCCCUGGUCUCGUUCUUUGACGCAUCGUUACCUGGCACAUUACCUGUCCUCAACAAGCGAUGCGUGGAGGCAGCAGUCAUGACAGGCCUGGCUCUUCACUGCACCAUAAACCGAAAGUCCCUCUUUGACCGGAAACACUACUUCUACGCUGACCUCCCCGCUGGAUAUCAGAUCACACAGCAGAGGCGGCCCAUUGCGGUGGAUGGGGUCUUACAUUACAACCUGAUGGGAGGGCAGAAGAAGAACCAGGUGGUCAGAAAAAGUGUACACAUCAAACAGAUUCAGCUGGAGCAGGACAGUGGCAAGAGUCUCCAUGACGACCUGCGGAGCCAGACACUCAUAGACCUCAACAGAGCAGGUGUAGGUCUGAUGGAGCUGGUGAUGGAGCCGGACAUGAGCUGUGGGGAGGAGGCCUCUGCUGCGGUGCGCGAGCUGCAGCUCAUCCUCCAGGCUCUGGGCACCUGUGAAGGGAACAUGUCUGAGGGCCAGCUCAGAGUAGACGCCAACGUGUCUGUGCACCGACCUGGAGAACCCUUUGGCGUCAGGACUGAGGUGAAGAACAUCAACAGUGCACGAUACCUGGCUCGGGCCAUUGACUACGAAAUCCAGAGGCAGAUCCAAGUGCUGGAGAGAGGAGGGACGGUGCAGAAUGAAACCCGAGCAUACGACUCCAAAGCUGGUGAGACUGUCCCCAUGAGAGACAAGGAGGGCCUUCAGGACUACAGGUUCAUGCCGGAGCCUAACCUUCCUCCGCUAAUGGUUUAUGAGGACCAGGCCUCGUUGCCCCCUGGUUUGGACCUGUGCCAGGCUGUGGUGAUGCAGGAGAUCAGAGAUACACUGCCUGAGCUGCCCAGUGUGACACGGGACAGACUGGUUCAUACCUACAACAUCCUGCCAGAGCACAGCUUUAUAUUAGUGAAUGAGGAUGGCCUGGUGGAGUAUUUUGAGGCUGUGAUGGGGCAGACCAAAAUGAAUGCGCGGAAGGUGAUUGGCUGGGUGACAAACGAGCUGCUGGGUCAGCUCAAGCAGCGGGACCAGAGUUUGAGCCAGAGGCCGAUCUCUCCAUCUGUCCUGGCUGAAUUGCUAGAACUCCAGGAAAACGGGCACAUCUCCUCCUCGGUCGCUAAGCAGGUGUUCCAGGAGAUGUGGGGGUCACCGGGAAAAAGGGCGCGGGCCAUAAUUGAGGAAAAGGACAUGGGGCUCGUUAAUGACACAGAGAAGCUGCACAGAAUCUGCCAGAAGAUAGUGGACUCACACCCAGAGGAGGUCAAUGCCAUCCGAAACGGGAACAAAAAAGUGCUUAACAAGCUGAUGGGUCUAGUGCAGAAGGAGACCAAAGGACGAGCCGACCCUGUUUUGGUGCGGGACAUUCUAAAGGAUAAGACUUCAUAAACUCACUACAUCUUUUUCUAUGUCAUUGACGUUCCAUGGUUACAAAAGAGGGGCAGCUAGGGUGGGUGUGUGUGUUCACUGUCAGUGCAGAUCCCAUGCACCUCUCUACGCUGGAGAAUGGAGCUGCUGGGUUUGGCCAUGGUAGAGUGGUGGAAAAGGGCCACUUGGGAGCUAGUGUUGGAAUACAGAUUGAAACAGUGUGUAAAAUCUACUGCAGCUAAAAAGUUUGAAUUAAAAACUUUGUAUGUGAUUAGAAUAUUACAUUGAAUGCCCCUAACUGUAUUAUCACCAGGGGAUUUGUAAAUAACUGCUACAUCUUAAUAGUUAAGAACAACAUGGCUAGCUUUCAGUGUGAGCUGCUGAUGUGACAAGAUAUGAGGCUUUUUUGUUAUUACAUAUUUAACAUGUAAACCUACUUGUGUCAGGAAAAGACUGUUCUGUUAGUAUUUUAAAAUAUGUUUUAAAUUAUGAAAAUAAAACUCUAUAAGCAUGCUGUUGUCACUUAUGACAAUGGUAACAGUGGAUAAAUAAAUGACAAAUCGUGUGAUAUGAAUCACAAAAUAAGAACCGUAGACCAAACCACUUUAUGAUUUAGGCCACCAACCAUAUGCACAUUUUUGUGCAUUUUGUGCAGUAUUUGUUACACCCUUAUAUUGGCAUGAAGUGUGCAGAUUAACAUCAAAGAUCAGUAUAAUGCUCUGUGCAAUUUAAUGACUUCCUGUAACAAGAGCGAAUGAGAUUUCACUAUUGACUUUUGUAAACACAUUUGCAUACAAUUUGGCUACACUCACCUAGGCUUUUGUGAAGCUGCCACAGUCAUUAGGGGCCAAGUGUGAUAGCCAACCAGUCCAGACAGCUGUUUGUACUUUUGUAACAUGAAAGUGUAGAUUAUAUGCAAAGUUUAUAUCAGAUCAAUUAUCAAAGCGAUAUGGACAAUAAUAUCUCAUUUUAUCCUAAAUUAAAUGAUUUAAUGCUGGAGUAUUACCAUAGAAUCAUCAUUUCUAUGAAGCGUUGCAGUACGUUCUGUUGUUUGAAUUGAAUAAUCAGCAGGACAUUUUCUGAACCUCUUGUUGAAGUAAGGACAUUUACCUCCCAAAUAUUGCAGUGGGUGUAACUUUUUCAAAUAAAACUUUUAUAGUGAAUGAUGCUGGCGCUCCAUUGGACCCAGAAGGAAGAGUGAUAACAUCAUUUAACAACCCACUUUCUGAUUCUAUAUUAUAUUACUAAGAUUUAAAUGAAUAUUGAGUUUCAUUGUUUAUGAUCAGCAGUCAUACUGGUGUCUGUCUAAUAAAGAUAAAACCAUACAAUC